CUUCUGAAGUCCAGGAUUGGUUGAAUGGUGUGAUGGGGGCGGGGCAAAGUGUGUGCAAAUCCGAGGGAGACCAGAGGCGAGACGGCUGCGGUGAAACAGAGUUUCGGUGUGUUUAACAGGGUAAAAGUCAUGCCGUUCUUGUAAGUUGUCCAGAAGAGAACUGUUUAAGAAUUGGUGAAGUGUCAAUGAAGCGUGAGGUGAUAGAAAGUUCCAGUCAGAGCUUCGAGGUCUUUGUAUUCUCGGCUGUUUUUAAACGAGACGGAUCCGAGGGAAAACAUUGGAGAUGCAGGGACAACCCAGAUAUCACCCAGAGCUACCGGAGACGCUUUGUGGUUCCUCUGGCACCUCUGCUGAUCCGAUGUCCAUCGCCAAUCAGACUGAUUAUUCACUCGCCUCGGGAGCGAUGCAUGGAGGAGCGACCCGAACUUUGUGCAGAGAGAUGUUCAUCAUGAGAGAGCAGGUGGAUGUGAUCUGCUGUAAAUCAGUAAGAACUGAUCUGUCCAUGCUGGAUAUUGAUGAUUUCAUCACAGAAAUCUCUCAGCUGAAGAAAGAGGUGACGUCACUGAAGACAAAGCUGAUGGAGAGAGACGACAGGUUACAGGAGCUGGAAAAGAUUUCCUGUCAAUCUUCAGUGUGUGUGACUGAUGGGACCUCCACAGAAUGUCAGGAUUCAGUGUGGAGCGUCAGAGAUCAGUCCACACCACAGCGGCUGCUGGACAAACUCUCUGAACAGAGAUCCAGAGACACACAGGACUCACAGCUCACUUUACUCUGUUCUUCUGAUGGUAAUCAGGGUGAUCAAACCUCCACAGAGUCUCUGACUUCUGUCUGUUACACUGGAGAACAGCAGAUGAUGCAGACACCAGUGAAGAUUGAAGUGAAACAGGAGGAGAUAAAAGAAGAAAACACAGCAGAGGAACAACAGGGAGAUGAAGAUGAUGAUGAUCAAACCUCCACAGAGUCUCUGACUUCUGUCUGUAAUGCUGGAGAACAGCAGAUGCUGCAGACACCAGUGAAGAUGUGUUCAGUGAAGCUGCUGGACUGCAGGAACCUGAUGAAGAUGAGAGGAGAAAUCAAAGUAGAGGAACAACAGAGUGAUGAAGAUGAUGAUGAUGAUGAUCAAAACUCCACUGAGUCUCUGGCUUCUGUCAGUAACACUGGAGAACAGCAGAUGAUGCAGACACCAGUAAAGAUUGAAGUGAAACAGGAGGAGAUAAAAGAAGAAAACACAGCAGAGGAACAACAGGGAGAUAAAGAUGAUUAUAUUUCUUCAGAGCUGAUGGAAGUGAAAGAGAAAUGUCAGGAACUGAAUGAAGUGGAGGAGAAACUUCAGUGUCAGAAACAUCAUGAUUUCACAACUGGAGAAAAAUCUUUGAGUUGCUCAGAGACUAAGCAGAAUUUAUUACCAGAAAAGCAUAAAAGAAGAGCAGCCAAUAAUACUGUCACCUGCUCACAAUGUGGAAAGACUUUCUCAAAUAAAAGCCAAUUUAAUAAACACAUGAAAGUUCAUACUGGAGAGAAACCUUACAAGUGCCAUCAGUGUGGGAAAAGUUUCGCAUAUAUAGGUUGUCUAAAAGGUCAUCUCCACUGUCACUCUGGAGAGAGACCAUUUGAAUGUGACAAGUGUAGGAAAAUAUUUGUUUUGAAUUCAAGCCUAAGAAAACAUCUGAAAACUCACACAGAUGAGAAUACCGGUGUGGGGGUUCAUAUGUGCUUUGAAUGUGGGAAGACCUUAACUUCAGCCAGCCUCUUGAAACAGCACAAAAUAAUUCAUGCUGGAGAAAAACCUUACAAGUGCUCACACUGUGAAAAGAAUUUCACUCAGUCACAAGACCUGAAAAAACACAAGAGAAUCCAUACUGGAGAAAAACCUUACAAGUGCUCACACUGUGAAAAGAGUUUCACUCAGUCACAAGACCUGAAAACACACGAGAGAAUUCAUACUGGAGAAAAACCUUACAAGUGCUCACACUGUGAAAAGAGAUUCACUCAGUCACAACACCUGAAAACACAUGAGAGAAUCCAUACUGGAGAAAAACCUUACAAAUGCUCACACUGUGAAAAGAGUUUCACUCAGUCACAAGACCUGAAAAAACACGAGAGAAUCCAUACUGGAGGAAAACCUUACAAGUGCUCACACUGUGAAAAGAGUUUCACUCAGUCACAAGACCUGAAAAAACACGAGAGAAUCCAUACUGGAGGAAAACCUUACAAAUGCUCACACUGUGAAAAGAGUUUCACUCAGUCACAAGACCUGAAAAAACAUGAGACAAUUCAUGCUGUAGAAAAACCUUUCAAGUGCUUACACUGUGAAAAGUGUUUCACUCAGACAGAACACCUGAAAAAACACGAGAGAAUCCAUACUGGAGAGAAACCUUACAAGUGCACACACUGUGGAAAGAAUUUCACUCACACACAAAACCUGAAAAAACAUGAGAGAAUCCAUUCUGGAGAAAAACCUUACAAGUGCUCACACUGUGAAAAGAGUUUCACUCACUCACAUAACCUGAAAACACAUGAGAGGAUCCAUACUGGAGAAAAACCUUACAAGUGCUCACACUGUGAAAAGAGUUUCACUCAGUCACAAGACCUGAAAAAACAUGAGAGAAUCCAUACUGGAGAAAAACCUUACAAGUGCUCACACUGUGAAAACAGUUUCACUCAGUCACAAGACCUGAAAAAACAUGAGAGAAUCCAUGCUGGAGAAAAACCUUACAAGUGCUCACACUGUGAAAAGAGUUUCACCCGGUCAGAACACCUGAAAACACAUGAGAGAAUUCAUACUGGAGAAAAACCUUACAAGUGCUCAAACUGUGGAAAGAGUUUCACUCAGUCACAAAACCUGAAAACACACGAGAGAAUCCAUACCAGUGUAAAGACCUGAGGACUGGAGUAAUUCAGAUUUUUUGGUCCAGGUCAGAAUCCUGGCAGCAGCAUUCUGAAUGAGCUGCAACUGUCUAAUGGUCUUUUUGGGAAGGCUGGUGAGAAGUCCAUUGCAGUAGUCAAACCUACUGGUUAUAAAUGCAUGAACAAGUUUCUCUGAGACUUGACUGGAUACAAGACAUCUAAUUCUCAGUACGUUUUUUGAGAUGACAGUAGGCUGAUUUUGUUAUUGCUUUGAUUUGACUUAAAACUAAGGUUUAAACUGGAUUGCCCAACCGGCAAUAAACAUCACCAGAAGAAGAAAACUUUCUUUCCUGUGACAGCGCUAUGGAUCAUGAAAAAACAUUUAACUAAAUAGUACGUACUGUAAAUAAACAGCAAUGGUGUUGAUGUCUGAGUUGUUGUUGUGUUCAGUCGACAGCUGUUGUAUUGCAUUGUCAGUGCUGUCUUGUUCACUACACAAAAAUAAUUAACCGGAUAGCUAGCUGAUAGCUGGUGACUACUGAGCCUGAUUAGUUUCCAUGACAGCAGGGCUUCCAGCUGAUAAUUCCUAAAAUGCUGAUUUCAUGUCUGUGAUUCAGUUAGAUAGUUGUGUAUUUCUUUGCUGAAAUGCGUUUUUAGUGACACAUACCUGGUCUGAUCGUAUAAAUGUAGAUGUAAGGGGGUUCAGUGGAAAGGAGGAGGCGAGAACCGGCUUGACAACUUAAAUAAUAAUUUAAUAAACAAUUUAAACAAAACACACAACCAAAAACACACAGUACAGCUGCCUGCAAUUCUCUCUCUCUCGAACUGUCGUCCCCAGCCGCCUUUAUCCCUCGCGCGCCCCAUCAGGCAGAUUGGGGACCGGGUGUGUCUCAUUCCAGCCUGGCCCCCGCCCUCCUCGGCUCUACACUCCUCCCGGCGUUGCCUCAGGCCCCCAGCGGACAGAACGCCCCUCCGCGUUCCCGGCGUCCCGUGGGGACACUCCUCCGCCCCUGGCAGCGGCCCUACCACUCCAGGCAGUCGGGGAGUCGCUUCCCUCCUCCCCCCGCGGACGGCGGUCUUCUCUCGACCCCUCCGCGUUCCCGGGGGACAGCAGGGCACUCCUCCGCCCCCGGCAGCAGCUCCCUCGCUCCAGGCAGUCGGAGAGUCCCGUCCCCACUCGCCUCGUGGACGGCGGCCGUUCCCCGCGUCCGGGUGGUCGGGCUACUCCGUCCCCCUUCGGACGGCAGUGUCGAGGACUCUGCGACGGGAAUCCCUCCUCCUUCCCGGGUUUCGGCACCAGUGUAAGGAGGUUCAGUGGAAAGGAGGAGGCGAGAACCGGCUUGACAACUUAAAUAAUAAUUUAAUAAACAAUUUAAACAAAACACACAACCAAAAACACACAGUACAGCUGCCUGCAAUUCUCUCUCUCUCUCGAACUGUCAUCCCCGGCCGCCUUUAUCCCUCGCGCGCCCCAUCAGGCUGAUUGGGGACCGGGUGUGUCUCAUUCCAGCCCGGCCCCGCCCUCCUCGGCUCUACAGUAGAGUAUAGGCUAAAUAUCGAAAAUUACUCAAAAGUUUAUCAUAGAUAUCGAAAAUUACUUUUUCAGAUAAAUAUUGAUAUCGUUUUAUCGCCCAUACUUAAUGAUAUGUCAUGGAUGUCCACUCAGAUUCAUAGUUGCUUAUGUUCACUUAUCACUAGAUCCCUACCCAGUUUUCCAGUCUGUCUAGGAGAAUGUUGUGGUUGAUAAUGUCAAAGGCAGCACUGAGAUCCGCAGCAAGAACAAAUUUUAAGAUGUUGCAUAGUU